AAGCUUUACUGGAAAAACUGCACCUGUUGGAUUACCGCUUAUCACACAGCCUUGGUGUGGCAGCAAGAGAGCACGGGAUUUUCCUGCAGAAACUGCUGUCAGGAGAAGGCCUGCGUCUUGCUCGCCAGAGGGCGCCCUUUCACUGCCUGAAGCACGCCUGCGUCAAUCUCCCCGUCGCUGAUUAUGUACCACAGAGAUAGAAAAAGGGGUUGAUCAAUCUCAGGCGAUGGCUCCCCUCCCGGGAGCGGAGCUGGUGAGGAGCCCUUUGCAGCUGUACCGAUACCUGCUGCGUUGCUGCAAGUUGCUGCCAGGGAAGAACGUCCAGGAACACUACAAGCACGCAAUCCGACAGAGUUUCCAAGUCCAUGCUGAUGAAGAUAACCCGGAGCGGAUCCGGCAGAUCAUCAACAGGUCCAUUGAAGAUGCUGAUUGGGUGAUGGAAAAAUAUAAGAAACGAAAGUAGAAACGAAAGAGUUAGAUGGAGAGAAGACACCUCGUUUCUUGAAUCAAUUUGGGUUUGAGAGGACCAAAGUGGAUCGGCAGCCCUCGUCUUUCUCCGGUUGCAAAAUGUACGAUGGCAAACUCUUACCUCGGCCUCCCAGAGUUGAGCUCUUUGCUUUCAGUGAUCAUCCAUUGGCAUAGACAAGCAGGAUGCUGUCGCGAUUUACCAGAUUUCGGAUUCAGACUUAAAUGCUGAACUCCCUUAACAAUGGAGUCAAGGCUUUUAGCUGAAAUAUGGGGAAUGAUCGAAUCUCAAAAAAGGAGCCAUUUGAGAUCUCAGGAUGGAAAGUUGUGUCUGCAGGAUUCUGCUUAGGGCUGAAUAACGAACGUCGCUGUGUUUUGCUGGAAUUCAGAUAAACGAGACAUCCUUGGAUUGGAGACUGCUGCUUGCUUUGAAAUCUUCAUUAAAAACAAGUGCAUGGUAGCCACACUUCUGCUUGCGACCAAUAAAUCAGGUGCCGUUCA